CAAGCCCCGAUGGCGGCGUCGCCGUGUAAACGAAAGGCACUUAUGAUCAAAUAUUUUGUCGUCUUCCUUUGCAAUCGUUCUCGUAUAAACGGGCCCUAAGCCGAAAUGAGGAACGUGGAACUUGUCAAAAAACUGGCAAUGUGUAGGCAAAGAUCCUUUAUCAACCGUCUCUGGUGGGCUAGGUCAAGGUUAGGGAUACCUUAGGCAAUAUUUUUUUUUUAUAAAACUUCACUGCAUUCUGUAUUUUCACACUCCGAUGAUGAUAACACAAAUAAAUAAAUCAUAAAGUAUUCGAAAAUAAUCCAAAAUCACAUAAGAUCUGGGCAUGAUUAGAGAGACAUUGCGCCUGAUUUGGAAGAACGACAACUUGUUGACACUCCCUUAAACAGGGUGGUUCCAUCCACAACCUCGAAGACGAGGGAGAAAAGUCACAUAGGAAACCCUGUUUAUCUUUUCGCUUAAACUUUAAACACCCGGACUGAGAGUUGACUCGCCAAAACCUUUUCUGAAGUUGUUGUUAGAAGGGGAUGCUGGGGGUUGCAGAAAUGACGGGCAGUAACAUGGCCAGUGCCUUGGCGAAUGCGGCGUGCGAGCGCUGCAAGGCUGGGUUUGCUCCGGCUGAGAAGAUAGUGAACAGCAACGGGGAGCUCUACCAUGAGCAGUGCUUUGUCUGCGCCCAGUGUUUCCAGCAGUUUCCUGAAGGCCUCUUCUAUGAGUUUGAGGGCAGGAAGUACUGUGAACAUGAUUUCCAGAUGCUGUUUGCUCCUUGUUGUCACCAGUGCGGGGAGUUUAUCAUUGGCCGGGUAAUCAAGGCCAUGAACAACAGCUGGCACCCGGACUGUUUCUGCUGUGACAUCUGCCAGGCUGUGCUGGCUGAUGUGGGAUUCGUUAAGAACGCCGGCCGUCACCUUUGCCGGCCGUGUCAUAACCGUGAGAAGGCGCGUGGCCUGGGGAAAUACAUCUGCCAGAAGUGUCAUGCCAUCAUUGAAGACAACCCCCUCAUCUUCAAGAAUGACCCCUACCACCCUGACCACUUCAACUGCAACAACUGUGGUAAGGAGCUGACUUCUGAUGCCCGUGAGCUGAAGGGUGAACUGUACUGCCUGCCCUGUCACGAUAAAAUGGGCGUGCCCAUCUGUGGGGCAUGCAGGAGGCCCAUAGAAGGGCGUGUCGUCAACGCCAUGGGGAAGCAGUGGCACGUGGAGCAUUUUGUUUGUGCUAAGUGUGAGAAGCCAUUCCUUGGUCAUCGCCAUUAUGAGAGGAAAGGACUGGCCUACUGCGAGACCCACUACAACCAGCUCUUUGGUGAUGUGUGCUACCACUGCAACCGUGUGAUUGAGGGUGAUGUGGUAUCUGCUCUGAACAAGGCCUGGUGUGUCAACUGCUUCUCAUGUUCCACCUGCAACACCAAGCUUACCCUCAAGGACAAGUUUGUGGAGGUGGACCUGAAGCCGGUGUGUAAGCACUGCUACGAGCAUUACCCCGAAGAGCUGAAGCGUCGGCUGGCCCGCCGUGAGCGCGAGGCCCGGGACAAACGCAAGAAAGCCGCUGCCAUGUGUCUGAACAAGUUUGUGGAGUUUGACAUGAAGCCAGUGUGCAAGAAGUGCUAUGAGAAGUUCCCGCUGGAGCUGAAGAAGAGACUGAAGAAGCUGGCUGAGACCGUGGGGCGCAAGUAGACAACCUGCCCACCAGGUGGCACCAGAGCCCCACACUGCCCUGGCCUCACCUCCACUGUGGUGCUCAACAUGUGAUGGAGAGACUAAGGGGAAAUCCAUUCAAUCAGCCUUAAGUUAUUCUGCAUCAGUUUACGUUGAGGGUCAAAGUAAUGUUGGUUGAAGGAAGGAAGACCUUCAUUUUUUGAAAUCGAAUAGAAAUCCUCUGAAGGUUUAUUCAACUCCACUGUAUUGUACAAGAGACAUUUACUAGAUAGCCACACAUACUCUAGCUGUAAAGAUACGUCCAUUUUCUUCCAUCCGUUUUUAUGUGACAUUAUUUUUAUUAUGAGCAGGCAAUUUGUGCGUGUUACAGUAUAGGAAGUUUGGUGUAAGCGAACUUUGUUAUAGUUGAAUUCAGUGACAAAGAGAAUAAGAGGGUCCUUGUAUGUGUUUGGAAAUGUCCACCUGCUACAUCUAUUGUGUCAGUUGGCUAGGUUUAGUUAAUCUAUACACUUGUGGACAUAACUGUAUCAUUUUAAACUUUAUUUUUCUUUUCUUACUGUAGAAAUUGACAUUGUCCUCUUAAAAGGUCUUAAAACGUAUCAAUUUUAACACGGAGACUGAUGCCAGAAAUGUUCCCUUAGUCUGUCCUUCACUGAUUAACCCUCAAUUAUCGCUAAAAGUCAUUAUGUGUCACUACAGUGUGCUUUGCAGUGUGUUCAAUGUCACAUUUCAAAACAGCUGAGAAGCUGAACCACUCUUCUAACACGGCAAAGCAUGUAUCUGUGUAGCUUUUAUAUACAUAUACUGUAUUUACAAUUCCUGUUAAUUAUGUCUUAAACUAUCACAUAGCUACUGUCCUUCCAUUUCAGAAGUGUGUACCAUAUGUAUGUGACAGAUGGCUUGAUAAUAUCUUAAUUCAGCAUUGAACCUAUUAUGAGUUUUUCCCUCUUUAGCGCACCAAAGCAAUGUGUGAUAUUGUCUUAUACUCAACUCAGCACUGAACUGUGUGUGCUCUGGCUUAUACUGCCAAAUGUGUUGUGUCAAUGUGUAUGUCAUCUUACAGAUACCAUAUACAUGCAAGUAACUGAUGUAUCUAGAUGUUGAUAUCAUAGAGUUCACACUAGCCAAAACAACCAUAGCCACAGCACCUUGCAUACAUAGUGUCAAGCUAUGCAUUUAAAAUGUCUCUUUCUUUGCUCCCACACUGCACUUGUAAGCCUUUCCCCCCUCAGAUGUGGAGUCCUUGCAGUAGUUGGCAUGUGAAGGCUAUCCUAGUGCUUGUUCAAAUUGGUUAAACUAAUGGACACACAAAGUAACACACAGCGUGGGCUCAAUCUGGAGAUCCGGUAGAGAGAAACAUGCUUUUUAUGUGCCUUACUAUUUUACGUGCCUUCUUAUUAUUUCAUUAAUCAGCUGCUGUAGUUCUCUAAUGGUAUGUUAUUAUGAUUAUGUCUUUGUGAGUCCCCCACCCUCUCACCAGCCCUUUUGUUAGUGGCGAGUUCUUUGCUCUCCACAGAGACGCUCUUCAGAAACACAUUAUGGGCCUCUCUUCAAUACACAAGUCUGCCUCUCAUCUUUUUGGACAAUUGUCCCCAUAACACUUGCUUGAGCUAGAGAGAUUGUUGUGACUGUGGACUUUUAUGAAUGAAAAACCUAAAGUAGUUAAUAGCAGUUCUAACUUUGAAAAUGCUACUUGUAUUAACUGGUGUUAUCAGAUAGUAAUAUUGUUAUUACUGUGCAUUUUUCUUGUGUCUUUUAAAAAAAAUCUUAAAUCUAGAUUUAGACACUGUGGGCAUGUUCACUAAAAGUUGACUAUUCAAAAGUUUUUUAUGAGUUUAUACUUUGACUGCAUGAAGCCUUUAGCUUUUGUUUUUAUAAAUAUGCAUUUUUUUUAUGCACAAUAUUAAUUUCUUAGUAAUAAUCAUGUUUAAUGCCAAUGUAUGCCAGUGCUCAUAAGAGCUCUGCCCUGUAAGUGCUUACUGCGUGACUUAUGGAGUGCUACAACCCUCGGAGUUAGAAAGUCCAUUAUUCAGCUUAAGAAAGAUUAUACAAAACCGCUAAAGUGAUGUUUAAUAAAUCCCUCUUUUCAAACAUCAUUCUGCCCUGUUGGAUUUUGAUUGUAUUUAAAUGUUGUUUACUGCCACCAUACCCUCACCAUAAGCUUCAAACAUAAUAAAAGAUUUGCGACAUA